AUGAUACCUGGAGCUGUCCUCCUCCUGCUGCUCCUCUUCCCAGAUGGAGUGUCUUCUCGAAAAGUGUGCAGCUACCAGGACGUGCUCGACCACCUGAACCUGACCAGAGGUAACGAGGUGUUCACGUCCACGCGGCCCGUCCUGGAUCACACACACCGCACUGUGGUGCAGCUCAAUGUCUAUCUCUACUCCAUCGUGGCUGUGACUGAGAAAACACAGACGUUUGUUCCUGUCAUCUGGAUUGAAAUGAAGUGGCACAAUGAGCGCAUCUCUUGGGACCGUUCUCAGUUUUGUGGGAUCAGUCAGGUUUCUCUUCCCAGAGAAAUGCUGUGGAAGCCAGAUCUGUUCAUCUAUGAGAUGACGCAGAGCGAUGAAAGCCUCCCAAGCCCAUAUCUGUACAUCACAGACAAGGGCGUCGUGUCGUUUGAGGGGGACCUUAAGGUGGUCAGCAGCUGUAAACUGGACGUGCACAAGUUCCCCUUCGACACACAGCACUGCAGCCUCACCUUCAGCUCCCUCAUAUAUAUGGUGGAUGAAGUGCAUCUCGUCCCGUUCUCCAACUCGUCCCGGGCCACGCAGUUUUCUCGUGAGGUGAUGAAGGCGCAGGGCGAGUGGGAGUUCCUCAACCUGGCGAUCUCUAACAUCACCGUCAGUUUCGAACGAGGAGAGUGGGACCAGAUCAUUUACACCGUCACCAUGAGGAGGCGGCCCCUCCUCUACGUCGUCAACUUCCUGUUGCCCAUCCUGUUCCUUCUGUGUCUGGACCUGGCCUCCUUCUUCAUCUCAGAUCAUCGGGGGGAGAAGCUGGGCUUCAAAGUCACCGUGCUGCUGGCUGUCACUGUGAUGCAGCUCAUUUUGAACGACAUCCUGCCUUCCAUGUCCAACAACACUCCGCUCAUUGCGACCUUCUGCAUUGUGAUUUUUGGUCUGAUGCUGCUCAGUCUCGUCGAGACGAUCUUGGUGACACAUCUGAUGGAGAGGGACUCUCCGUCUCAGGAGAGCUGCAGGCCGGGGGAUGAAAAGGAGGAAAACCAGAGUCCCCAUGUGUGUCCCUGUGAGGCGCCUGGUGGUGACACACCUGAGGAGGUGGGGAGCGGCAGGCCGGCAGGAGAGUGUGGUGUGCUGCUGUUGAUCCUGGAGGAGCUGAGGAGGCUGCAGAGGAGCCAGGCGUUGCUCCUCAGCGACACGAUGGACGGAGGGACGCCGGGCUGCUGGACCAGAGCCGCCACCAAAAUCAACACCCUGUUCUUCAUUUUCUAUGUCGUCACUGUCUCACUUUUUCUAAUAUUUAUAUGUAAAGAAUGGAGCUCUUAGAGAACACCGGGGUGUUGAGUCAUUUUUGGAGCGCUGUAAGGUUUUGGGAAGGUUAUUUAUGAAAUAAUUACUAGUUCUCUUGUUAAAAAUGUAAUUUAACUAUCUUAAUCACUCCAUGAAAUUAUUACAUGACUGAUUACUUUUUAACUGCUUUUCUAACAAAUGUUUAAAACUGCUAUAUAACUUGAAUUAAGAUCAGAUGUUUUGAUUUUUAAGCACAACCACCGAAACAAAUGACACUUAUUAUUUUUUUAAUUUUUUAAAUUAAUUAAUUUUUUUUUUUAUGUCAAGGACGCCCAGAUUGAUACACCUUGAACCUGUGUUUGACAUGAUGUUCGCCAAGGUUAUUAUAGUUAAGUAAAACUACACUAAAAACUAAAGCUAGAUGUGAAAAACAA